AUGCAGACUGCACCGCCUGAGACUGUUACUGUAGCACCUACUACUGCUCCUGAUGUAUUCGCAGUCAUGCGAGAGGUUUCCAAGGCAGAGCAGGAGCGAAUUCGGAUGAGGUUGGUGGAGUAUAGGAGGUUCGACCCACCUCAUUUCUGUGAGUCGAGCACCGAACCAGGAACGGUGGAGGCUUGGGUAAAGGGGAUGGAGCGACUAUUUGAGGAUUUGUUUAUUCCCGAGAGAGAUCAGAUAUACUUAGCAGUUCAUUGCCUUGAGGGAGACGCUCGUGAUUGGUGGACGAGGGCUCGGAGGUCUAGGCCUAAGGAUGCGCCACCGGUGACUUGGACGGAGUUUCGGGGCAUGCUCUUUGACAUGUACUUUCCUAGUAGUGUGAAGGAAAGAAUGGAGGAUGAAUUAAAGAAGCUGAGACAAGGGAGUCACUCAGUGCAGGAGUACUUUCAGGAAUUUAGCCGCUUGUUGACAUGCGUGCCGUUCGUUGCGAGGAAUGACCGACACAGGGCAGAUAUGUUUGAGAAGGGAUUAAGCCCCGAGCUUUAUAAGUUGGUGCAGAUUCAGCAUCUCUCGACAUUGGAGGCAUCGGUCGAGAUGGCUAUGCGCGCAGAGCGAGGUGAGGUAGUGCUGCGAGAAAGGGCUGAAAUGGAGCAAAGUAGUGAUAGGAAGAGGUCUACGGAGUCCGAGGCUGGACCCUCCAGCUCAGGGAGACCGCCGAGGUAUCCACGAUCUCGUUUUCAGGGUCGUGGAUCCUUUGCGGGACGGAGACCUGGUAGUAUUAGGUCACCAGGUGGUGCUAGGCAGCAGCGAUAG